AUGAAAAGGUCAAGCUUGGACCUGUUGUUCUCAGUGGGCCGGCAGAGAUCGACCCGCGUGCUCAUCCUCUUCGCGCUUCUGUACAUAAUCUUGGUCUGUUUCGAAGUCCCCUUCGUCUUCAAAAACGGGUUCAGUUCGGUUUCUCAAGAAGGUUUACUUUUCAGCAGCGGCAGCAGUAAUGGGAUUUUGAGCACGAAGCCCUUUCUCCUCGAGAGCGAGGAGGACACGGAGGAGAAAGAGGCCCCCGUCCGCCCCCUCGACCUCCCCUACCGAUCGCCGGAGCGAAAAAUCAGAGAAACCCUCCAAUCGCCGCUCUCCCGGUUGAACCUCACCGCCGGGAUAGCGAAUUCGGGCCCCGACAUCGGGAUUUCGAAGGCCGCCAAGGACGCGUUGGAAAUCGGCAGGAAGCUCUGGCGGGAGCUCGAAUCAGCCGGAAAAAAUGGCAGCCAUCGGGUGUUCGGCCGCAAGGGGAGUACCAGUACCAAACCCGAGCCGUGCCCCCACUCCAUAUCGGUCGGUGGGGAGGAGUUUUUGAAGAAUGGGAAAAUUAUGGUGCUUCCCUGUGGGCUUACGUUAGGGUCCCACAUGACGGUUGUGGGGAAACCGAGGGUGGCUCAUGCUGAGACGGACCCGAAGAUUUCUUUGCUGAAGGAAGGGCAGUAUGUGAUGGUAUCGCAGUUUAUGAUGGAGUUGCAGGGUUUGAAGACAGUGGAGGACGAGGAUCCUCCGAGGAUUUUGCACUUUAACCCGAGGCUAAAAGGGGAUUGGAGCGGAAAGCCGGUGAUCGAGCACAACACGUGUUACAGAAUGCAAUGGGGAACUUCUCAGAGAUGCGAAGGCUGGAAAUCUCGUGCCGAUGAGGAGACUGGUAAGUGGGAAGGGAUUGAAUUGGGUGUUUGCUUGCAUUGUGUUUGA